GAAUGCGACCUGUCGCAAGUCACGAAUGGCCUGCCUAAGCUGCAUGGCUGUUUAUUUUGGAGUUCUAGCUAUGGCGAAGAAACAGUGUACCAUCACGCCAGACUCAGAGUAAUCCUAGACUAGACUGCCACAAUCGGGAGAAGCCAAGAGCCGCGUCCUACGGACCACACGCCAGCUGUGAUAUGCGUUUCCGUGACCCAAACGUCCGCAGACACUUGAGAUAGUCACUGGAGAGACGACAAAGGCCGACAGAGAGUUUCCUGUGAGGUGCUAUUGAUCUGUAUCACCCGUCGGUUGCGUUCCCCGGCCGUAGACUGACGUCUUGUGUACAGUAGUGUCGACUUUAGCUUCAGUUAUCAUUUCGCCAGAGGUUAUCUGAGUAGGAAAUCUCGGACCCGGUUGUUUACCCUCCUCACUCCCUCUUCUCCCUGAGUGGCUGAAUCAAGGAGAGCUCCCUGUCCUGGAACCCAGUGAAACUAUGUCUGCUGUAGACAGAGGAGACAUGGUGAAGAAGGGAAGGUUGCAACUCUGGCCCUGCCACUGCAAACUUCAGGGUGAAGUGAGGCUGGAAGUGGUGGUCCCAAGUCUCCCUCCUGAAGCCACGUCUCUCUUCCUCCUCUUCCCCGCAGCCUCCUCCCCCCAUCCAACCACCUCCCAGGCCCACAGGGUCCCUCUGGUCAGAGACGAGACCUCACACAACAUGUACCAUGCCACUUCACCAGGUCUGUCCACCCCGGGACCAGUGAGGGUGUCUUUGUGCUACCAGAACACCUCUGACUCUCUGACGGUCGUCUCCACCACUCAGUUUGUCUACACCACGGCAGACCACAGCCACGUCGUGGAAGAGGUCCUGUCCCACGUCAGAGGGGGGUUGCCCCUGCAAUCAGAGAUGAUACCCUCGCUGGAGAGCCCCGCGGAGCUGUCAGAGUUGGACAGUGUUCUAACAGUGGCAGUCCAGGGACUGGAGAGAUACCUACAGACGGCCAUAGGAGCCAACCAGAAUCCUAGAGCUCCACGGUUCACCCUAUUCCACCUAGCCUCACACCACAACCUCAUGUGUCUGGCAAAGCAUCUCGUGACACUGCCUCAGGCCAUUCUGUCACUCUGUGUCCGCGACGAGCAAGAUCUCACUCCAGUCGACAUUGCUAGGGACAGCGGGAACAAGAAGAUGCUAAAGAUACUCACCUCUACCCUGUUGCAGUCCUCCAGUGUGGCUAGCGAGGCACCAGUGAGUGGUAGUGGAGUUGGCUCUGCCUCCUCCAGCAUGAGAAACAGUCAAGACGAACUGCUGAGAUUCCGAGAAAUAAACGAAGAGUGGAGAGGGCAGAUCAAGCGCCACAAAAUCUCCUGUAGCUCAAUGGGAUCAUCCAACUUUAACCCUGAAACCACCACAGCAAGUUCGAGAGACCGACUGUCCACGCCUCCAUUUUCCGGGCCCGUCCCGACGUCGAAAAAGGUCACGCACCGACGCAAAUCGAUAGCAGUGAUGGAGCAUCGUCACCUGAUGGCAUCGGGGUGCCUGCAGCUCCGGACGGAGGACCCCGAGCUGGCUCGGAGUGACCGGAGUAGGAAACAGUCUUGGUCCGUGGUCGUGGGGGAAGCAGAUUGCCGCUCUGUGGACACUGGACUCAACGAACUGGACAGACUUAUCGCCACUGACAGAGUCCAGCAGUGUGUGACAGGGAGUACGGGGCAGGGGGGAGGAGCCAGUAAUCAUCUUGACCCCACCCACCUUAACCUCCUCUCCUGCUACAGUGUUUCUUGUCCUCUCCUCACAGAAGACGAAGAGUCAGGUACCAACAGUCACCUGACGUCGACUCGCACCAGCCCCGGCCCCGACUACACCUCAGACUCCUCCCCUCCACCACACCUCCCUCCCCCUCCCUCCCUCUCCACCUCCAUCUCGGUGAUCACGACGCAGUACAGCACAGAGAACCUCCUCGACAAUAUGGUGCUCCCACCUAAUAAUGAGAGGAGCAGUGGGGGAGAUUGCAAUGGGACUACAGAGGAGGAAGAAGAUGUGUGUCUGCCGUUACUGGAGUCUGAAAUGAACCAUGAUGACAGGGGCAAGGAGGACGAGGAGGAAGAUGAAGAGGAAUUGUGCCAGUCAAUAUCGGCUCCACACCUAAUGGCAGACAGCGAAGAAGAAUCAACAGUAAACCAACACAGGGAUGCCCCUAGCAAUCACUCUGCAGUAGGCAGCAACAAGAGAGUAAUGUUUGGUAAUGAGAACAGCACGGCCCAUGGUAAUGGUCAUGCAGCAGUGGACAGAAGUGAUUCUACUCCAACUGGUCGCAGCAGGAAAAAGUCCCACCGACGAAGCCAGAGCAUGUCGGUGGUUGAACUAAGUAUCCCAACGGGCGGUAUGAAGACUGUGCUGGACACAGGCAGCGACGAGGAGAGGAAAAGCAAGCGGAAGAGUGCUAAAUCUUCCAUGCUGAAGCCCACUCAUUCCCCACUGGCCGAGGGUGCCCAGAGCUCUGACCAGCCCUCGAGUGCAUCGGCAUCUCGCAGCAGCAGUAUGAAGGACAAUCGGUCGCGGGCCAGCAGUCUCCUAACUGACGCCAGCAGCAUGCACGAAUCCGACGACACCAUGAGUGAAGAAGACGACACGAUGCCUGAACUGAGCGGGAUGUCGGGUGCCUCUCUCGAAGGCGGAGACCAGGACGACCCCGCUGUCACCAACACCACGCCGCUUGUGAACGAGACUGAACAGCAGUAUCUCAGGCUGCAGAUGCACGACUCGCCAGACGGUGGCCGAACGGAUGUAGUGUUGAGGGGGAGAAAGGGUCGUCCGAGGGUUUCCCAAGAGCUCCGCUACUCUGCCGAUGUACUCACUGCCUACAAGGAUACGCUGGAGGCCAAUCUUGGCCCUGCAUCGCGCAGAUUGAACAGUGAGUCGAUUGAUGAGAGGAAACAUCUUGGAGUAACGGGAGGGGCUUACCCAAGUAACGAGGCUCUAGUAGACGAUGGAAAGGUAGACCAGGAAAAGAGGUCUGUUGCAAAUGACUCUGUUUUUUAUCACGACAUGGCCCUGUCCGACGUGGAUGUGAGGGUUCAGAGCGACGACAGCCUCUCCCAGGGCAAGAAUUCUCCCACUCUGUCCCCUGCGCACCGAGACACCAAGAGGAGAUUCCAACGCUCCCCGCUCCUGGGGCGCAGACACCACACCGUGCGAGAGGGAACGCCUCCUACACCAAAGAAGAAGUUGUUGCGGGGACUGACCAAAGAAGACGUGACUCCGGUCAUCGGGAAGAUGAGGUCCAUACUCAACUCACACGAUGACGAACCAGCGGUGGAACCAGAGCCUGACGCAACCUCUCCUGGCGGUGGUUCCACUAGCCUCGACCGUGUACCUCGCUCCCCCAUCGUCAAAACAAACGGAACAUCCACGCCAACUCAACCCUCUUUUACUAGCCAAAUCUCCCCUCUCUCUAAGGCUGCAAACUCUGCCCAUCCCUCCUCCCCUCCGUUCUCCCCUCCCUCGCCAUCCCGACAGAUCUCCAGUCCCCCAGCCAUCAACACAGCACAGAACCACCAGGGACCUGUCCCCAAAUCAAGCUCAGAGAAGAUGCUAAAUUCGUCGCACCCACCACCAUCUCGUAGCGGUAAGAAACACAAGACAAAGAGCAUGAGUCUAGACCCGACCUCGCCUGCCAUGAAAGACAUCAUUAGCAUGAGAAACGCAGUAGCUGAGCCGCUCCCUGAAGAAUUCCUCGAGGAGGACGAGGAGGAGAAUAAACCUUCGGGGAAGAAGGACACGAGCAAAGUGAAGCUCAUCAGAGAUAACUUCAUCCGUCGCUCAAAGUCCCGCAUGAAGGCCUUCAAUAUCCUCGGAGGCGGGGCGGAUGUGGAGAAGGCAAUCACCGAGAGCUAUUCGAAGGGCUCUGGAGGUACGGGCGCUGUGAGGGCCAAGAGCAUGAAACAGAGACCGAAACUCAACGACGUGUUCCCGCAUCAGGAACAGAGUAAGAAGUCGCCCCAGCACAAGGCUAAGGAGGACAAAGAGGAAGAAGAGGAGAAGGAAAGCAAGAGGGAACCACCGAGGAAGCUCGGUCCAGAGCACCGGAGGGACUCUGACAGUAGCCUCAUCUCCCCCACCCACUCCGGCUUUGACCACUCCCUUUCGGUCGUCGAUGAAUCCCAGAAGGGAGGGCAAAGGUCGCCCGACCCCAACAACCUCUCCCCAGCACCACCUGAGAACCUGAGUGACUCUGACCGCGAGGAGGUCGCGCAGCAGCUGGUGCGGAGCAUGUCUCAGAGCCACCCCGAGCUAGAGCUGAUGGAGGAAACAAGCUGGACCAGGACCAUCGAUCGGAGACUCCUCCGCAAGAUGAACAAGAACGAGAGGGACCGCCAGAAUAUCAUCCACGAGCUCAUCCAGACCGAGCGCCACCACUACCGCGCACUCCACGUCCUCAAGCUGGUGUUCAAGUCACAAAUGGAGAAGCACUUGUCUGAGGAGUCGCUCGAAAUCAUGUUUCCCCAGCUCGACAACCUCAUCGAGAUCAGCCGCAGCUUUCUCGACAGACUGGAGGACAGACGGGGAAGGGAAGGUGCCAACGUCAUCAUCCAAGACAUCAGCGACAUUCUCCUAGAAGAGUACACGGCCGACAGGCGCGAGAAAAUCCUAAACACGUUUGGCGAGUUUUGCACCUACCACCUCAUCGCGACCGAGAUGUACAAGGAGCAACUGAAGAAGAAGCAGUUUGGUCGGCUGGUGCAGCAACUGUACCGCAUCAAGGAGUGCCAGAGGCUCUACCUCCCUGACUACUACACCACUGUGAGCCAGAGACUCACCAAGAUGGUCCAGUUUGUGGCUCGACUGGUGAAGAAGACAGACGUCCUGAAGUUGGAUCACACCGAGAGACUGCGACUGUGUCGGCAGGCGCUGGAGAGUCUGGUGGCCGCGGUGGACCAGAGAGUCGACGAGAGGAAGAACCAGAUGGAACUGGAGCAGAUCCAGGACAAGUUGGAGAUUUCGCUGCCCCGCACCGCCGCAAAGAACCCUGUCCUGCGGGCCAUGAAAGAUCUGAACCUGGUGGCUCAGAACAGACGACUCACCAAGAGGGGGUACACCCUGCUAAUACACGGCCACGGGAAACAGCUACCGGUACAUAUAGUGCUGAUGACAGACCUGGUGGUACUGCUGACUGAGAGAGACCAGAAAUACAACCUCCCUGCCAUCCUUGAUCUCAAGCCUCCCAUCAUUAGACUCUACGACCUCCACGUCCGUGUGAACGCGUCAGUCAGGAGUGGAAUCCAGCUCCUGCUACUGGAGAAGGGUAGUGCUCCGGAGAUGUUCAGACUUGAGUUCAAGAGCAAGAAAGAGGCCAAGGAGUGGGAGGUAACGCUCACAAAGGCUGGUGACGUGUGCAGGGAGAAAGGCAUCAAGUGUGAGUACUUUGGCAGUGAGCCAAGUCUGGUGGAUGAGGGGAAAGGCGAGGAAGGCAGAGUUGGUAGUCCGUCUCUUUCGAAACUCAGACGAAGCGAGAGCCAGCGGUCUGCCUCCAGUCCCACCGCCUCUCAGCGUUCUCUGAGCCCCUCAUUGAGACGUAUCCACAGUGCCCGAGCUACCCUGGAGUCUGCCAGCAGAGUCCUCUCCAUGUUUGUCACCAGCUCGGCCUCCACUCUUGAGCCGGGGAGUUCCCCGAGACAUCCUCGAGCCCCCGCAAUGACCGUCGGCGCCCGUAGCCCCAAGAACAAACACAACACCAUCCACCAGUCGAAACUAGUCGACAGCGGUACCACCAUGGGAGUAAUAGACCGGGACGGUUUCCUGGCUGGCUCAGAGGUCGACGGAGGGGCGGGGAAGAAGGGACAAAAGUCAAAGAUGAAACGGAAGGGCCUUGACCGCAGCUCGACAUUCAAGGGGAGGUUGGAGAAGGAGAAGGAGAGAGGAGGGGUGGAGGGAGUGGACAGUGUGGCACAGCAGCAGCUGUUGACUUGUGCUGUGAGACUGAAAGACAGUCUGGAGGAGAUUCUGAGAGACAACGAGGACAAGGCGGCAGAGAUAGAGAGACUACGACAAGAGCUGGAGAAGACAAGACAGUCACCGGUCGCAGUCACAGUAAACCAACAGUCGUGGUGCCUCGCAACAAACUAUCGCCAAAGAACUCUCCUCCAAUGUGUAGACCUCACUCGUGUCACCUUGAGAUUGCUGACCUGGCACCGUCAGGUGGGCCUCCUCUCACUGGUGGGGGAGAUGGGGCUGGGGACUCGUCUUCACCACACAUACCAGCUGACACAGGCACUUAGCAUCCCAGUGGGGGUGCGAUAGGUGAGGACUGAAUGUACGAGAGGCAUGUCUGUGCGAUCCAUACACACAGGCUUUGUAAGAAUUUUUAGGAUCUAAUGAUGAUAGAAAGAGAAAGUUUCAUGAAAAUCUGCCUGUACUGGAUUUUAAAAUCCCUCAUUCGGCAAGUAAAUAAUAUGUAUAGCUAUUAACCCUUAGCAAGUCGAUGGGCAUUUAUAAAUAUGGCCAGAGCCUCCAUAAGUGCAUAAGAAUCUAGGUGAUUUCUGCUUAUUUAAGGAGAUACAUAUGGCGUCCAAACUGUUAACGUUCACCGUUUGAUUGUCUCCCCAUGCAGGCUCCUCUGCUAUAGCAGCUAUGAUUGAAAAUUGUGUACUAUUUUGUAACUAUUUUUUCUGUUUAUUUUUGUCAUUGUGCUAAACCACUUUUGUGUAGUUGUGAAUGUGUGUGUCAAUAAUUACACUCUCACUGCACGUUUUACUGUGUUCAAUGUUCAAUUUCCACAAUGUCAUUAUGA